GGAUCUUUGCUUGACUGUUUAACGUUAGCUAAAUGCAUAAUUUGCGUGAAUACAGAACAUUGUAUAUGUUCUCAUACUGUUUUGGUUUUGCCAUUUUACCAAUAUUACCAUUCGGCUUGAACAUAUUCCCGGCCACAGAAUUAUGCUCCCCGAUACGAGGCACCUAUACACGUGUAUAAUUUAACUUAUGAGCGCCUCUUCCACAUUUACUGUUACUCAAUCCCCUCCUCUUUCCUUCAAACAGGACUAGCUAGCUACUUGACGUAGCCAGCUGAACUAGCUGACAGCAUAGCCAGCUAGCUAGCUCCACUGCCACAUAAUCAUAAACAAGCUGGCUAGGCAACGAACUAAAACAAAACGAAAGACCAACAACUGUCAUCAUCUUCCUUGGCUUGGGCAGCAGCCAUGGCGAAAGAUCCCUUAGCAGAGGCUAAUCUUCACUUUGAUGAGCUUAACAAGUUGCGAGUGCUGGACCCCGAGGUCAGCCAGAAGACCACAGAACUCAAAGAGGAGUGCAAGGAGUUUGUGGACAAGAUUGGCCAGUUUCAGAAGAUCGUUGGUGGACUAAUUGAGCUGGUGGAUGAGCUGGCUAAGGAAGCUGAGACGGAAAAGAUGAAGGCUAUCGGUGCCAGGAACCUGUUGAAGUCCGUGGCAAAGCAGCGGGAGGCCCAGCAGAUGCAGCUGCAGGCUCUGAUAGCAGAGAAGAAGAUGCAGCUGGAAAGGUACCGCAUUGAGCACGAGGCGCUGUCCAAAGUGGAGGCUGAGCAGAACGAGUUCAUCGACCAGUUCAUUCUACAGAAAUGAGUUUGCGGGGAGCCUGCUUUCGUGUGCCCGAGAGGUUAUAUUUGGGGCUCACGUAGACCAGGCCCCCGUGAUAUAAACCGGCAUAAUCUCCCACACAACGGUGCAAAAUGUGGAGCUAUCUAGGAAGAUCGAAUCUCUGAUGAAUGUUCGUGAACCAUAAACGGCAAUGCAGGUCGUUUUAUGCCUUCAGUUUUCUACAAAGAGGAAGAGAAGGAGUUGUGCAUUUGUUGGUGUGAUUUCCGACAAAUAUUAGGAACUGUGACGGUUGAGUUCAUGUACUAGGACCAAAAAUGCUAUGUUUUUGACAUCCUGUCACGCAACUAGCACAAAUGGAAAAGCUAUUUAUCUACCAAUGAGCUUGUUGUUAUUUAUACUAUUUAUACCAAAUAAGAUGUUCUGUAUAGCUGGCUUGUUUUUAUUAAUGAAAAGUGCAAAAGGAAAUAAUUGAAUGGUACUGUAAUGAACAAUUUCAUAAUUAUCAUAAGAAUCUUUGUAUUAUGUUCAGUGUUAUUAUAAUAACCAUUUUCAUCACUGCAUUGUUUUGUUCCAUGUGAUUUGUGUGUUAUUCAGAUGUUACAACCAAUAUUAUACCAGACCGCAGGCAAAAGUUUUGUUGAAACAGGACAGUCAGUUUGUUUUACUUGAAGUGAUACAGACUAUACAUUUUAGAUAAAUGUAAAUGCUUUUUGUUUACAUGUGUAUAAGCAUAAUCUUUGUUACUUCUGGUGCAUAAUCCAUUCCUUAUAAUGUGCCUUAUAGACAAGUGCAAAGCUGAAUAAAAUUGAAUUUCAUGCGUUGA